GUAACACCGAGGAAGAAGAAGAGGAAGAAGCUAAUCUGUGUAGUUAGCAAGUCGGUAAUAAAUAAACAGAAAAACUAACACGGUUUCGUCUGUAUCAGCGCUGUUCUAACAAGACUCUAUCUGAAUGCCAAGACCUUGAAGGAACAUGUCAGCUGAUACCAAGAUUGCCGAGUUGCUCACGGAGCUCCACCAGCUCAUCAAACAGACCCAGGAGGAGAGGUCCCGCAGUGAACAUAAUCUGCUCAACAUUCAGAAAACACACGAGAGGAUGCAGACGGAAAACAAAACUUCCCCGUACUACCGGACCAAGCUGAGGGGUCUGUACACCACAGCCAAAGCAGAUGCUGAGGCCGAGUGUAGUAUUCUGCGCCACGCUCUCGAUAAAAUUGCAGAGAUCAAGUCUCUGUUGGAGGAGAGGAGAAUAGCUGCUAAGAUGGCGGGAGUUUACAGCGACAGCGACCCUCCCAGGAAGACGAUGAGGCGAGGCGUCCUGAUGACGCUCCUCCAGCAGUCGGCCAUGACGCUCCCCCUGUGGAUCGGCAAGCCGGGAGAAAGCCCGCCUCCUCUUUGCGGGGCGACUCCAGCCAGCAGCGACUACGUGGCCAAACAGGGCGACAAGGUGGCAGCGAGGGUGAAGGCCGUGGACGGAGACGAGCAGUGGAUCCUGGCUGAGGUGGUCAGCUACAACCACUCCACCAACAAAUACGAAGUCGACGACAUCGAUGAAGAAGGCAAAGAGAGACACACUCUGAGCCGACGGCGGAUCAUCCCUCUGCCUCAGUGGAAGGCCAACCCGGAGACGGACCCAGAGGCCCUGUUCAGUAAGGACCAGCUGGUGCUGGCCCUCUAUCCACAGACCACCUGCUUCUACAGGGCCCUCAUCCACACUCCACCACACAGGCCGCAGGACGACUACUCGGUGCUGUUCGAGGACACGUCGUACGCUGACGGUUACUCCCCUCCGCUCAACGUGGCCCAGAGAUACGUGGUCGCCUGCAAAGAGAACAAGAAGAAGUGACUGACGGCUGCAUAUUAGCACCAGGUCGACGAAGAAAAGCCUGUUUGGGAGCAUUGUUGUGUUUUAAAAUGACACUGAUUUCCAUUUUUAUAUGAAAAUAUGUUCAGAAAUAUUUGUCAAAUUUGUGUUUCAGAGCAUUUAGAGCAGGUUCUGGUCCACAGCUUGUCUUGAUCGAUCAAGUCCCUGAACAGACUUUCUCUUUUAUAUGAGAUUGUAUUUGUCAAACUCACCAUGCGGAGAAGAAGUGAAAAUAACAACCCAGACCUGAACGUCUCAUGGGGUAAAAUCUCAGCUGUGUCCUGAAUCCAUUCAACAUGCAAACUCAGAGUCUGUAGUGUCUUCACACAAGAAAAGGGACAAAAUAAAGAACUGAAAAAUCCUCCAAACAGUCACUGUAGACGCUGAAGAUUUUUACUGUUGUCCCACAAUGCAUCAGACAAAGGAGCUGCUCACAUCUGAGGGUGAACGCCAGGAACGCGUCAGAAAACAACACGAAGACACAGCAGCUGAGUUUGUAUUCUAAUAAAGACGCUGAACAUGUUUCAAACAUCCUGUUUAAGCGUCCAGUGGCCAGCAGAAACCUGCUUCCUGUGCUGUUUGAUUAUUCUGCAUAUUUUAUAUAUUUUUUACAUGUCAGGUGUUUAUGAUUGUUGUGUGAAACUUAAAGAUCAGACUGAAAUACGA